AAGGGAAGCGAUGAAGUCCUUGGGUAAGGACCCUUCGGAGGCUUGUUUCCAAGCACUGUCUCCUACAUGGAAGGAUACAAACAUGAAAAAUAGUUUCCUCUGAAGGAUUUUAUAAUCGUAAUGAAUAUGCCCUGGACAAGACACCUCUAAACUGAAGUACAAGAAUUGCCGGGUAUCAGUACCACUCUAGUGUUAGCCCUGCACCAACCAUGCCUGGACUGUACACAUGGAUGUUAGGAACAGCUAGGAAUGACUGGAACCACUUGGAGAAUGUAGCCAAUAAUUCUCAGCCAAACAAUAACUGUAGUGUGCAAUGGCCAAUGAUUAUCCUCCGGGACUGUGUACAUAACAACAAUGAUGUAGCUUCAGAUGUUUUAGGCCUUGUGUCCUUGGUGUCAUGGAUGAUUGUCAGUAUUCCACAAAUGGUGAUGAAUUGUCGGAAUAUUCGUGGUGUUGAGGGUGUUUCCAUCCUGCUUAUUCUACAAUGGACUCUCGGAGAUGCAACAAAUCUUAUUGGUUCUAUUCUGACCAAUCAGCUACCUUUACAGAUUUACCUUGCUGUAUAUUUUGUGUUUGCGGAUAUUAUUCUGUUUUGUCAAUACCUUUAUUAUCAAAUAUGGAAAUGGAAACGCAGUCAAUUGGCAAAUGAAGUGCAGCCUAGCGGUCCUGCCCGGAUAGUCCUAUGUUUUACCGGCACUCUCCUCUCCUUCAACACUCUAGGGGCAAUUCUUGGAAGGUUAAGGGAGGUACCAGAUGUCAGUGGGAACAUUGUCCAUAUCCCCAGGCCUGGAAGUAGACGGCUGAUGUCGACCAAUCUCACUCAUGUCCAGUUUUUCAAAAACAUUCAGGAUGUGUCUGGCUAUGUCAUUGGAAUAGUGUCAAGUAUAUUCUAUGUGGGCUCUCGACUUUCACAGCUGUAUAAAAACUAUAAGAGGAAGUCAACAGAGGGUCUAUCUGUUAUGAUGUUUAUAUUGGCGGUCCUUGGAAACAUAACAUAUGGUUUGUCAAUCCUGGUGCGAUCACUUGAUGGAGAAUAUGUCCUGAAACACCUACCCUGGCUAAUUGGCAGCUUGGGAGUCAUCUUUCUCGAUCUUUCUCUGCUGUGUCAGUUUAAGUACUACGGUGUGAGGGACUUUGAUACUCUUUCCAAUCAGCCAUUGGUGAACAAUGAGAUCCUGAACCAGGCUUCACCACUUGACUAUACAGAAGCCAGAUUAGACCCUAAUGGGAUUGUCAACUGAGAGAAAACUUCUUAAGACAUUCAGGCAAAUAAAAAAAAGUGUGUUUUUAAAAAAAGUGAACCUAUAAAAUCUACAGAGAUGUAUCGUUACCAGUGAUGAUUGAAUGACUUUCAGAGGUAGGGAUCCUCAGAUUAGGUAGUUAUUUAAGAUAAGUGAGUGAUUCCUAAGUACUAUUUAACGAUACAGAUAUACAGGUAGACGAGGGAUUUAAUGAGAACGCCAUAGUAAUAAGUAGAGGCAGAUUCCAACAUAACUGAGGAUUCUUACCAGAUAACCCCUAGAAUUUACAAAAGUAGGGCAUCAAGUCUUUCGUAACAUAGCUUUCCGAUGUGGAGAGAAAAGAUGUUUACAAUGUAGAUAUAGAUAAGCAAAACAUGAUAAUGUGAUUCUAUAACAAAUAAGGUGAACAAUUCCCAUGGACUUUGUGUGCUGGUGCUUGAUGGUUGUAUGUACAUAUUUAGCUACAAUUAUUUAAACUGAUACAUGUUUUUGAAUGUUUAAAAAUGUAAUAUCAUACACUGUUAUCAUAAUGUUGUUACCAAUGUGUCAUGAUAUGGUUUAGACAUUAUUUUACCUUUGAUGUUCAAAUUUGGCUGACAUUCUACUCAAAUAAGCAGUGGUGUGAUCCUUUCAAAAUAUCUGAUAAAAAAGGUCUAAGCCUUCUUGGGAAUAUUUUACCAAGUAAAACAAAAGUAGUGCAUGUUUCCACUGCAGAAGUGUUGACUUACUAUAAAUAAGUAUUAGUUGAAUUUAUAUUUUAAAAUAAAAACACUAAAUAUAGAACAUCACUUUUGCGUACUAUGCAAAAUAGUAUGAAAUCAAAUGAAACUCUGUUGUCUAAACAUUUAUUUGUGGUAAUUUCAUUUUCUAUAAAUGUGAGCUAUGCUUAUGUGUCUUGAUACUGAAUGUUUUAUUGUAGAUUUUAAGGAGAAUGAAUUUAAAAAGACAAGUAAGGGUUUUUUGCAAGAGUAGAUAGAUCUGUUUUAAAAUAUAUAUGAUGGUUUUAUGGACACUUAAAUAGAUUUGAAUCUUAUUGUAUUAAGUUUAUUGUUUGAUA